AGCUGGGGACCCAUGGAAAGCCUGGCGCGCCUUCCCCCGUAUUACAGUUGCGGAUGCGAAUCGGUUAUCAAAUCCGGUUUUGUUUCGCCAUUAAAGCCUCUGCUUAAAUCCGACACCAACUCCGACGUUGCUCUUCGCUCCUUGCUCUAUUCCUUGUUCCUACAACUCUCCGAUCGCUGUCUCCGUUUUCUGUAUUCACAGACGCAAGCUCACGUAGGGGAAGAUGAGGGAGAUCAUAAGCAUCCACAUUGGACAGGCUGGGAUUCAGGUCGGCAAUUCUUGCUGGGAGCUCUAUUGCCUCGAACAUGGCAUUCAGCCCGAUGGUAUGAUGCCCAGUGAUACCUCCGAAGGUGUUGCACACGACGCUUUUAAUACAUUCUUUAGUGAGACCGGUUCAGGCAAGCAUGUGCCUCGGGCUAUAUUUGUUGAUUUAGAACCAACGGUGAUUGAUGAAGUUAGAACCGGAACCUACCGACAGCUCUUUCAUCCGGAGCAAUUGAUAUCUGGAAAAGAAGAUGCUGCCAAUAAUUUUGCUCGAGGACACUACACAGUUGGAAAGGAAAUUGUAGAUCUCUGUCUUGACCGGAUCAGAAAACUGGCUGAUAACUGUACCGGGUUACAAGGGUUUCUAGUCUUUAAUGCUGUUGGCGGUGGCACUGGUUCUGGUUUGGGUUCAUUGUUGCUAGAGCGUUUGUCAGUGGAUUAUGGGAAGAAAUCAAAGCUUGGUUUCACCAUCUACCCAUCUCCUCAGGUUUCAACUGCUGUCGUGGAGCCUUACAACAGCGUUCUUUCCACUCAUUCCCUUCUUGAGCAUACGGAUGUUGCUGUUCUUCUAGACAAUGAAGCUAUCUACGACAUUUGUAGGAGAUCUCUGGAUAUUGAUAGACCUACAUAUACCAACUUGAAUAGGUUGAUAUCUCAAAUCAUUUCAUCCUUGACCACUUCAUUGAGAUUUGAUGGAGCCAUCAACGUGGACAUAACAGAGUUCCAGACGAACCUUGUACCAUAUCCUCGUAUCCAUUUCAUGCUCUCCUCAUAUGCUCCAGUUAUCUCAGCAGAGAAGGCUUACCAUGAACAGCUAUCCGUACCUGAGAUCACAAAUGCAGUUUUUGAGCCUUCGAGCAUGAUGGCAAAAUGUGAUCCUAGGCAUGGGAAAUACAUGGCUUGUUGCUUAAUGUACCGAGGAGAUGUUGUACCUAAAGAUGUCAAUGCUGCUGUUGCCACCAUUAAGACAAAGCGCACCGUGCAGUUUGUUGACUGGUGUCCAACUGGCUUCAAAUGUGGUAUAAACUACCAGCCUCCAACAGUUGUACCAGGUGGUGAUUUGGCCUUGGUGCAGAGAGCUGUUUGCAUGAUCAGCAAUAACACAGCAGUAGCUGAGGUGUUCUCUCGCAUCGACCAUAAAUUUGACCUGAUGUAUGCAAAGAGAGCAUUUGUUCACUGGUAUGUCGGUGAGGGCAUGGAAGAAGGGGAGUUCUCAGAGGCGCGGGAAGAUCUGGCUGCUCUCGAAAAAGACUAUGAAGAAGUUGGCGCUGAAGGUGCAGAUGAUGAUGAUGAGGAAGGUGAAGAUUACUAAAGUGUGCAUGGUACUAUUAUCCUGAUAAUUUCUUGUCUAGUUCAAAAGCCUGCCGUUUUCAUUUCCAUAAGCGAUUCUGUUUUGUCUUGGAGUAAAUUUCCAUUACGUAUCUUUGUGGCUCUUUGUAUGAAAUCAGGAAUAUGUACGCCAGUGUUUCGACUGUAAUUCUAUCUUUGCUUGAGUUGUGGAUGGAUUGAUAUUGUAAUAGACAAUAUCACAAGUUGUACAUGUGUUUUUAUAAUAUGAAAAAGUUGUACAUGUAUGAGCGCAUUGGGUGC